AAAUUGAGUUUAUAAAACAUCUAUUUAGUAUUUUAAAUGAUUUGAAUUUUUACUAGGUAUCUACCAAUUGCAAGUUUACCUUGUAUUUCUUUCCACUGAAAUAACAUUUUUAGUGGAUAUUUUAUUGGGUUUAUGUUCUAUAGUGAUCAUGUUAUUAAUGCUUCUAGGUUUUAAUUAUAUAACACCAUGUCAUUCAUAACUGUGGACAGGCCUAGUCAUUUACAAUUUUACUAACUUCUAACUUAUCUAGAUACGAAUAAAUAUACCGUUGUCUCUAUAGUCAAUUCUUAUCUAUUGUAUAUUAUACACAAGCAUGGUACACAAUAAUAUAUGUAUUUUUAUGUGAGCACUAGUGUCGAAGCCUGUCUAGUUUGUAAUCGUGAUAAAAACUAAUUCACAAAGAUGUCAUUACGACGAGUUUUGAUAGUUAAUAAAACUUAUCCGGUAGCCGGCCAAAACGUUUUAAAAAAUAAAGUGGAAGCAGUCAUCCUGCCCAAUCUGGACCCUGCGCCUAAUUUCUUAGCAGAUGUCAAAAACAACAUAAAAGGUGUUGACGCUAUAAUAUGGAACACGAAACAUCGUCUUACCAGCGAACUUCUGCAUUCAGCAGGUCCAUCCUUAAAAGCUGUGUCUACCAUGUCAUCGGGCCUAGACCACAUAGACUUAGAAGAAAUAAAGAAACUAAACAUCGCCCUCGGACAUACACCCGCUGCGGUUGACAACAGUGUGGCUGACAUCACUGUAGGGCUAAUGAUAGCAGCCGGGAGGCAGUUCAAAGAGGGCAUUCAAGAAGUUGAAAGUGGUGACUGGAAAAUAGGUGUACAAUGGAGAUUAGGCCAGAGUAUAGACGGGAGCACCGUGGGAGUGAUAGGUCUGGGCGGUGUCGGGCGGGCCGUGCUGCGAAGGCUGAGGGGCUUCGAAGUGGCGCGCUUUCUUUAUGCUGGGAGAAGAGACAAGCCCGAAGCCAAAGAAUUGGGAGCCGAGAGAGUUCCCUUGGAACAACUCCUGAAAGAGAGUGACUAUGUGAUCAUUGCGUGUCCCUUCACCAAAGAGACUGAGAAUAUGAUCAAUGCUGAUGCCUUCAAGCUCAUGAAACCAACCUCUGUACUUGUCAACAUUGGAAGAGGAGAAAUAAUCGACCACACAGCGUUGCUCUCCGCAUUGCAAUCGAAGCGUAUAUUUGCCGCGGCGCUUGACGUCACUUACCCGGAGCCCCUGCCCAGCGACCAUCCGCUCGUUAAACUGCCUAAUUGCUUAAUAAUGCCGCAUAUAGGCACCGCAACCAUUUCGACAAGAGAAGCGAUGGCCAAAAUGGCGGCUAACAAUAUCCUCUUAGCGUUGGACGGGAAAACUAUGAUUUGCCCAGUAUAAAUAAGUAUUGAAAAUCUAGAUGGAAUUGUUAAUAAAACUUAUUUUGGUUUGA